AUGGAAAACACAGAGAUCAGAAGAGGCGACUUUGUCUACAAAGACACGCUCUUUAUAGAUCUGGGCCCCAACAAGCGCCAUCCGCGUGCCUCAACAGCAGACCUCAAGGGCCUGUUACUGCCUAAGCGUGGCUCUGCACCAAGGGAUCAGGUCGCCCACUGGUACGAGGCGCAGCUCCUUCACUAUGGCCUCCCGCGCACCAAGGAUAAAAACACUGCCAAAGUGCGACUGACCAAUGCGCUCUCGGCCAAGACGCUGUCAGUGCCCCAGCAGAUCGUGAAGCUGGAGACGGAAAUGGAAAAGGAGUGUGCCCGCACGCUGAGGAAGGCAAAGACCGCAGCAACCAAGCCGCUGCAGGGCAAGGCCGCAGGGAAGGCUACGGCUACGGCUACAACUACGGCUGCUAGAGCGAAGAAAGGCGGAGGCAGCAGCAGCUCGAAAACCACCAUUGAGCUUGAGAUCGACGGCAUGAAGGUCAAGAUCGAUCGUGAUGUACUCGAUGCGGCAAAGAAGUCGACCGAGUCCAAAGAUGCCUCUUCCAAAAAGCCCAAAGGCGCCAAAGCAACCUCCUCCUCUUCCAACCCCAAACCCGCAGCCACGUCCAAGUCUCCGGCAAAACCAAAGGCCACGCUCUCCGCGCUGCCAAAGCCACAGACCGCCAGACGAAGCCAGCCUUUCCCGCGUAGUAACACAAGCACCCGCCCCGUCUCAGAUCCUCUGCAACACGUCGGCGACCACACGCCCGUCUCCUUCCACCAUGACGUCGAAAUGGACGACAACCCUCCGGCGUAUGAAUCACUGGGGUUUGACGAGCCCACUAACAAUCCUGGCGCCGUCCAAAUCUCGGGUACCUACUUCAUCCCCCGAAAGCCCGUCUUUCCCUUCGACCUCACGCUCCAACUCGACCACAGACAGCAGAAGCUCUGGGGUCGCUUCAAUGUGGGUUCCAAAAUCGGGGUUCUCCACGCGGACGACAUCUCUCGCAUCACCACAGGUGGCACAAUCUCAUUUGGGUGGAGGUCGGAGGAUGACAACGACGGCAAUGUGAAAUUUGGGCGCGGUUGUGACGGAUCCAUGGAAUUCGACCGAGAGGGGUGGGUGAAUGGACACUUUCGGAUGUUGAUGGAUGGAGAAGAUGUUGACUUUCAAGCACAGUUGAUGGAUGAAGACGGGCUGGACGUCACGGAGAUGAAACACCUCUGGGAUGAGUUUCCUCGGAGGGCUUACGGAAGACAUUGA